CCCAACAGACAGAAGAAACUUCAAUGCAAAAGCCCGUCAAUGCCCAAAUUUGACGACGAGCCUGACUAUCUCCAUUCCCCUUUCUCUUCUCUUCUCUUCUCUUCCAACGCUGUUGCCGUGGGAGUGUUGGUGGUGGUGGUGGGCGGCGUUAGUGGUUGAGGGAGAAUAAAUGCUGGGGCUGAGGGCCUACACGGUGGUGGUGGUGCGAUAAGAGGAGUGAUGGAUGCUUGAUGCUUCCCUUUGUGCUCAUUCAAUUUUGAGAAGAAACUAGAAAGGGAGAGGCACGUGGGUUCUUCUUCAGCUGGUGGCAACUGUUGAGGGGUGGGCUUUAAAAGCAGUUAUUAAAUUGCCUUACCUGCUUUCUCAGCUAUUCUGCAUUUCUUACUGCCUUUUCCUCUCUCCAUUCCGGGCUCUCCACCUUGGAAUCUAGGGUUUUUGGUCCAGCCCCAUUGUGGCUGGAGUUGGAAUAUGUUGUUUGUCGUUGGGUUGAGGGAUUCCAGAAGGCAUUUACUGUGACUCAAUGUGGUUUCGUUUUCAUAGAGCAAGGUGGUGGCAGUGAUAAAAUGUUGGUUUUGGGUUGCGAUCGCGAUGUGAUUUUUCUCGCAAUUGAAGCUAAUGCAGACUCUGGCGUCCCAAAACGAGUAGACCCAUAAUGCCAAACGGCUAGACUCAUUGACCAGCAUGAGAAGACUCCGGCGAUCUCUUCUUCGUGUUGUUCUUAUUCUUCUGUUCUCUUAUUUUCUGGCGCCAAUCGGAGUUUCUCCGGCGACUGAGAAGGAGAUCUUGCUUGAAUUCAAAAGCAACGUUUCCGGUGAUCCCGGCAAUGCAUUGGGUUCAUGGGAUCAGAGCAAGGACCCUUGCUUGGAUUACAGGGGUGUUACCUGCAAUUCUGAGGGGAAAGUGGAAAAGAUCGUUUUGUGGAACACUAGUCUCUUCGGAGUGUUGUCGCCGAGUUUAGCUGGGUUGAAAUCCUUAAGGAUCUUGUCAUUGUUCGGUAAUCGUUUCACUGGGAAUAUCCCACAAGAAUAUGCUGAACUGGGAACACUCUGGAAAAUCAAUUUGAGUACCAAUGCGCUUUCCGGGUCGAUUCCAGAGUUCAUUGGCGAUUUACAGAACAUUCGGCUACUAGAUUUGGCAAGAAAUGGUUACACCGGUGAAAUUCCGGCAUCUUUGUUCAAGAAUUGUUACAAAACCAAGUUCAUUUCGCUAUCCCGGAAUAGUCUUUCGGGCUUCAUUCCCGCGUCCAUUGCCAAUUGCUCGAAACUUGAAGGCUUUGAUUUCUCUUUCAAUAAUCUCAGUGGUGUAUUGCCUCCUGCAAUUUGUGAUGUACAGAGAUUAGCAUACUUGUCUGUGAGAAGCAAUGUGUUAACAGGGAGUGUUCGAGAGCUGAUUGCGGGGUGCCAGAGCUUGGAGCUUUUGGAUCUUGGUAGCAAUAUGUUUACUGGAUUGGUUCCAUUUGGGGUUCUUGGUUUGACAAAUAUUAGUUAUUUUAAUGUAUCAAAUAAUGGGUUUCAAGGGGAGAUCCCUGAGAGCAUAACCUGCAGUGGAGGACUAGCAGUUUUGGAUGCUUCAAGAAAUAAUUUGGAUGGGGAGAUCCCUUUGAGCAUUGCUAGUUGUGGGAGUCUUAGGGUUUUGGACUUGGGGUUUAACAGGCUUAAUGGGAGUAUCCCAGAUAAGAUUGGGGAUCUGAGGAUGCUUACAUUCAUCAGGUUGGGCAAUAACUCCAUAGGUGGGACAAUCCCGGUGGGUUUUGGAAGAAUUGAGCUGCUUCUGGUUCUAGAUUUGCACAAUCUCAACCUUGUUGGUGAAAUUCCAGGCGAUAUCAGCAAUUGCAUGUAUCUUCGCGUUCUGGAUCUUUCUGGUAAUGCUUUAGGGGGAGAUAUUCCUGAGACUAUUUACAACAUGACAAACCUGGAAAUACUUGAUCUGCAUCGGAACCAGCUCAAUGGAAGCAUCCCGGCAACUUUGGGAAGCCUGUCAAAACUUCAGAUUCUUGAUCUAUCCCAGAAUUCACUUUCUGGUUCAAUCCCACCUUCCCUUGAAAAUUUAACGAUGUUAACUUAUUUUAAUAUCUCCUACAACAGCCUCUCUGGGGCUAUUCCUCCUAUGCCAAAGAUCCAGGGUUUUGGCUCCACUGCGUUUUUCCAUAAUCCAGGGCUUUGUGGUGAUCCUCUGGAGUCAUGCUCAGGAAAUGGAACUGCUUCGGCUUCAAGAAAAACCAAACUGCUUACAGUCCCGGCCAUUGUUGCAAUAGUUGCUGCUGCAGUGAUUCUUACUGGGGUUUGUGUGAUUUCCAUCAUGAAUAUCAGGGCUCGUAGGAGGAGGAAAGACCAUGAGACAGUGGUGGAAAGCACCCCACUAGGUUCAUCGGAAUCAAAUGUCAUCAUUGGCAAGCUGGUUCUCUUCAGCAAAAGUCUGCCCUCGAAGUAUGAAGACUGGGAGGCAGGCACCAAAGCUUUGCUGGACAAGGACUCCCUCAUUGGUGGUGGGUCGAUAGGAACAGUAUACAAAACUACUUUUGAAGGUGGAAUCUCAAUUGCAGUGAAGAAGCUUGAGUUCCUGGGCAGGAUCAGAAGCCAAGAUGAAUUUGAGCAUGAAAUUGGGCGAUUAGGAAACCUUCAACACCCCAAUCUGGUUGCUUUUCAAGGUUAUUACUGGUCUUCAACAAUGCAAUUAAUUCUAUCUGAAUUUGUUCCAAAUGGGAAUCUGUAUGAUAAUCUACACGGCCUCAAUUAUCCAGGCACCAGUACUGGUGUUGGCAAUAGUGAAUUGUACUGGUCUAGAAGGUUUCAGAUCGCUCUUGGAACAGCAAGAGCUCUAGCUUAUCUCCACCAUGACUGUAGGCCUCCAAUUCUUCAUCUCAACAUAAAAUCCUCUAACAUACUGUUAGAUGAGAAGUAUGAGGCCAAGCUAUCAGAUUAUGGGUUGGGGAAAUUACUUCCCAUAUUGGAUAAUUAUGGUUUAACCAAAUUCCACAAUGCGGUUGGGUAUGUUGCACCAGAGUUGGCUCAAAGUUUCCGAUUGAGCGAAAAAUGUGAUGUUUAUAGCUUUGGGAUAAUACUAUUGGAGCUGGUUACUGGGAGGAAUCCAGUGGAGAGUUCAGCAGCAAAUGAGGUGGUGGUUUUGUGUGAAUAUGUUAGGGGGUUAUUGGAGAGUGGGACUGCUUCAAAUUGCUUUGACACAAAUUUGAGGGGGUUUUCAGAGAAUGAGCUGAUUCAAGUUAUGAAGUUAGGGCUGAUUUGUACAUCCGAGACUCCUUUGAGGAGACCGAGCAUGGCUGAAGUUAUUCAGGUUCUCGAGUCCAUCCGAUCUGGAUCGGAAUCAUAGCAAUAAAAGUGAAAAAGAGGGUUUUGAUUACCUCAGAGGGGCCAAACAAAUGGUAGUAGUCUAGCUGGAAAGGAAUUCGGGUUAGUCACUGAGAAGAAAAAAAAAAAGAGGAAAAAUUCUUUUGGAUUCUUUUGUGGUUACUAUUAUCAAUUGUUGACAUUUGUAUUUUUUUUUUUUGCAAUAAAAUCAUUCAUUUCUUGUAA